AUGCCACUGUUUCCCCACAACGGCGGGCGUGGCAGCGUUUCCGUCCUGUGGGCUGGAUGUGUGGUCGACGCCAUGAGCACAGCAAUGUCCGACCACCCAGCGCCUUGCACAGGCCUGCAGACGCCGCAGCCGGUUUUGUGUGAAGGAGGCGGCCGGAGCAGUCUGUUCAAUUCGACUAUAGAACGCCUCCAAUACAUUGAUCGAAAUGACGCCGAUUUGAGUGAUAAUGAUGAUGUUGAUAAAUGCUCAUACGUCAGGGUGCAAUAUGGGAGUCAUACGCGUGAGACAACACUGCUGCGGUCUAUUGAAGUGGAUCCUCGAGGCGCGAUGCCAUCCGCGGAAGAGGCCAUGCUGCCGAAAAGCGAUGAUCAAGCUACUGCCACAGGUUGCAGGAGAGCGAAUACAAUCGCAGGUGCUCGACCUAUCCAAUACUGGCGACUCGGGCGAUUGCGGGCAUGUAUCGCAUACUUUCAUGCUCGUGAUGAGGUUGUUGUUGAGUAUGCACUGCUAGGCAGCCGACAUCUACCGCCUGAUCGACACUGA